UUUCCCAGACCAACUCAAACAAGCAAAACAAGAAAAAAACACAAAGCUCCAUAUCUAUUUGAACAAUGUCUACCACAGUAGAAAAUGUUGUUGCAAAGACACCGGAUGUCGAGAUUGAUCCCAAGAGUGCGGCUGAGAAAGUCACGAAUGGAGCUGCAAAGGAAGGAAGCCACGAAAACGGAACAAAGGCCACAGCAGGAGCAGAGGAGGAGGCAAAGCAGGAGAAUGUUCAGGAGCAGGUGGUUAAGAAAGAAGUGCCCCUUCAGCUCGAGCCCAAGAGUGGAGUUUCCUUCGCGGUUGAGUUGGAUGAUGGAAAGCAAUUAUUUGCUGCUGGUUUGAGGAAGAAAAGCAUGUUUGGAGUUGGCAUCAAAGUCUAUGGCUUUGGGAUGUAUACUGACAAUGAGAAAAUGAAAGAAGUUAUGAAGUCGAAGAUUGGGAAAUGCCCAACAAAACCAACAAAAGAGAUGUACCAAGCAGUGAUCGACAGUGAUUUUGGCAUGACAGUGAAGAUGGUGAUAGUCUACACUUCACUCACCAUGAGCAUGGUCAAGAAGAGUUUCGAUGAAGGUCUUGGAGCAGCUAUCAAGAAACUCACUGGUGGAAAAAAUGAUGAACUCAUAAAGAAGCUGUUGGGUGAAGCUUCUGAUGACAUGAAGCUGCCAAAAGACUCUGUCAUUGAAAUUACUCGCCUUCCGGGCUACACACUCCAGACAACAGUGAUGGGGAAGGUGGUUAGCAAGGUGGAAAGCGAACUUCUGUGCAGGGCCUAUUGCUACCUCUACUUGGGUGAAGAUCCACUGGACAAGGAAGCCAAGGAGAAAUUUGGGACGUCCCUUCUUUCUCUGUUCUAGAUCAAAGUGCAGAUCUAUCAGUUGUAUGCAUGGCUAGCUUUAGCACAAAUAAUGGCAGUGUCAAGUUUUUCCUUGUAUGGCUGCAGCUUUGCUUAAUAAUGAGUAGUUGUCGGGUUUCUUUUUUAAUCUGAACGAGUCCUACUCUUUUGUAUCCUGUUCCAACUUCUAUUUGUUAAAAUCUCUAAAUUAUAAAUGGGAAGGAGGUUGCUAAUUUCA